AUUGCACAAACAGCUGUUGGCAGUCGCGGUCACACUGUAUGUAAUCGCAUGUAUAUUUCUCAAAACAAAACGUAAUUCUUGCAAACAACUACACAAAUUAGAAAAAGAAAAUCACAAAUCAAAUCAGCAGUUGAAAGCAUGGCCGAUGCCAAUGCAAUGACAGAAGGCAAAUUGCCGGCUAUCGAGAAGCGAGUCCAUAAUAUUCAUCAUUUGGCCCAGUGGCAAAGAUCGCGUGCGUAUCACGAUCUAAUUGGUUAUAUUAAUGGCACCAGCUCAGCCAUACAGGGCAUUAAGACGACGGAUGAAAUACACGAGUCGGAUAUGCUGCGCAAAUUGCUCGGCUUAUUCGAUUCACUGGAACAUUUGGUCGAGGAGCAUCCGCCGCUAGAGCAACCGCAACGAUUCGGGAAUAAAGCGUAUCGGGAUUGGUCGCGCGCCAUGCAUGAACAGUUGCCCGGCAUGCUGAGGCAGGUGCUGCCCGUGUCCAAGCACAAAUAUCUCGGCGAAUUAAUGCAGUAUCUGAUGGAGGGAUUUGGGAAUGCGACACGCAUCGAUUAUGGCACUGGGCAUGAGCUCUCCUUUCUCUUCUUUCUGUGCGCCCUGUUCAAGGCGGAAGUAUUGCAGGACCAGGACAUUGUGGGUGCGGCACUGCGUCUGUUUCAGCGCUAUUUGGAGUUUGCCCGACAAUUGCAGCGCACGUACAACAUGGAACCCGCUGGGAGUCAGGGAGUCUGGUCGCUGGACGACUUUCAGUUUGUGCCCUUUAUUUGGGGCAGUGCCCAGCUAGCGGUCAAGAGUCCUUUUGAUCCCGCCAAAUUUGUGGAUGAGCAGAUUAUAAAUGAUUAUAAGAAUCAGUUCAUGUUCAUCAGUUGCAUCGAUUACAUUUGCAAGGUGAAGACGGGUCACUUUGGCGAGCACUCCAAUCAGCUGUGGAGCAUUACGGCCGUGCCAUCCUGGAUCAAAAUCAAUUCGGGCCUGGUUAAAAUGUAUCAAAAAGAGAUUCUGUCCAAGUUCCCCGUUAUCCAGCAUGUUUACUUUGGCGAACUAAUGUCUUUCGACCCGGUUACAGCGGGCACAAUGAUAACUGGUGCACGUUUGGGUCAAGCGGCGCCGCCGCCCUCGAAACGCAUUUGCAUUGCAACAAUGCCGGCGACAGGGAAUCUGGUGCCACCGAUGCCAAUUGUGGCGCCACCACCACCGCCAGCGGAGGCUUUGAACACCGAUCUGAGUGUGGGCGAUUCGAGCAGCGAGAGUAGCGACAGCAGCGUUGUCCUGCGGCCCGGAUCUUCAGCAUCAUUGGUGGGCAUCGAGGGUUCCGGCGAUAAUCCCACAAAACAGCCAGCCAGCGAACCCAAGGAGCGGCAUGCAGAUUAAAGUGUACAUCUACAAAACGAAUCUGUUCAAAUUAAUUGUAGUUUCGUUCAAAACAUUCGAAUUAUCGUGUAUGCUAAAUUAUAAAUUCUUCAAACAGUUAAAA